UUAAAGUCAAUAUUUUUUUUAACAGAUUAGUGAAAUGAAUCUUGUAAAGUUUAUUAUUAAAUUGUAAAAAGAAAAAAAGAUUAUGACAGAAUUUAGCGACUAUGAAUUACAAUUAUUACAAGCUGUUCAAAGAAAUGAUGUUCCAAAAUUUAAACUGAUGGUAAAUGAAUAUUCUAAAAAAUGUUCUAUUACAUGGAAGAAUAUUUAUCAUAAGAAGUCUGGUGAUACAAUAUUACAUAUUGCAAGUAGAUCUGGUUUUCUGGAUAUUUUGAGAUAUCUUAAGGAUGAUGCAGAUUUUGAACAGUCAAAUUUUGAUGGAAAACGUCCUAUUCAUGAAGCAGCUCAGUAUGGACAGUUAAAAUGUUUACAGUUUUUGUUGGAAAUUGGAGUCAAAAUAGAUUGUUUGAAACGAGCAGAUUGGACACCUCUAAUGUUAGCCUGUACUAAAGAUAAUUUAAAAAUUAUUCAAUGUCUUAUUGAAGCUGGAGCUGAUCCAAAACUUCGAAAUAAAGAUGGAUGGAAUUCUUUUCAUAUUGCUUGUAGAGAAGGACACUUGGAUAUUGUUACUUAUCUGUUAAAGCUAGAACCAUUACUUUGUGACAACAUAAGUAAUAAUGGACGAACACCUUUACAUACUGCUGCACUUCAUGGAAAAUUACAUGUGGUUAAUUUAUUAUUGGACAAAGGAUCUUUUAACAUAGAUGUACAAGAUAGUUGUGGAAGUACACCUUUUAUGGAUGCUUCUAGAUCUGGACACACUGAAAUUAUGGAAUUAUUAAUAAAAUAUCAGGCUGAUUUCAAUAAAAAAGACAUUUUAGGAAGAAAUUCACUUCAUUUAGCUGCACAAGCUGGAAGUUUAGAUGCUGUAAAUUAUUUAGUUAAUAAUUGUAAAGUAGAUUCAAAUAGCCUUUCUGUAAAUCAUCAAACAGCAUUACAUUUUGCAGCCAAGGAAGGUCAAGAAGACGCUGUUAGUUUACUUCUCCAACUUGGAACAGAUUGUAGUGUUAUAGACAAUAAAGGAAGAACUGCUUAUCAUAUUGCUGAAAGUGUUGGACAUAAGAAAUGUUAUGAACUAUUGAAGAAAAAUAACUAACUUUCCUAAUUUUCAAAAGAAUUUUUGUGAAAUUAUCUUCAUAAAAAAUUAUCUUGACAUUAAUAAUAAAUUUUAAUGAUAGAGCA